UUUUUUUCCCCCGAGUUGCAUUUUUUGUCACUUUGAAUGCGAAAUACUAAAAGGAACAAAAAGCUAACUUCGCCGCAAAGUUAGUAAAAGAAAGAAAAAGCCAAACAAAGCCUUAAGAAAAAAGCCAUCUCCAUAGAAGCCAAACAGAGUUUCCUCUGUCUAGUUGGGCUCUCUCCAAUUCUCUCAAGCUACGAAAUCGACCCAGUGAGUCGGGGGGAGAGAUGGGUCAGGAAUCGUUCAUAUACAGCUUCGUGGCUCGGGGUACAAUGGUGUUGGCCGAGUUCACCGAGUUCACCGGGAAUUUUCCGGCCAUCGCGACUCAGUGCCUCCAGAAACUUCCCUCGUCCAACAACAAGUUCACUUACAACUGCGACCACCACACCUUCAACUUCCUCGUCGAGGACGGUUACGCUUAUUGUGUUGUUGCCAAAGAUUCUGUUGGGAAGCAGAUUUCUAAUGCUUUUUUGGAACGUAUGAGGGCGGACUUCAAGAAAAGAUAUGCCGGUGGUAAAGCAGAUACAGCUGUUGCUAAAAGUCUCAACAAGGAGUUUGGCCCAAUUAUGAAAGAGCACAUGCAAUACAUAAUUGACCAUGCUGAAGAGAUUGAAAAGCUAUUAAAAGUGAAGGCUCAAGUCUCAGAAGUUAAAAGCAUUAUGUUGGAAAAUAUUGACAAGGCUAUUGACAGGGGGGAAAACCUAACCAUUCUCAACGAUAAGGCACAAGAUCUUCGUGAAUCGGCCCAACAAUUCAAGAAUCAAGGGACAAAGAUCCGGCGGAAGAUGUGGUACCAAAAUAUGAAAAUAAAGUUGGCCGUUCUCGGGAUCCUAUUACUUCUGGUCUUGGUAAUCUGGGUAUCUGUUUGCCAUGGUUUUGACUGCACAAACUAGCAGUCUCUUCAGCACAUAUUUGGGUCUAUUAUGUCUGCAGCUAUGCUUCUAGUAUUCAAGAAUUCGAGUGCGGCAGAGUUGUUUCAGGCUUAUAUGUUGAGGCUAGGCUCUGCAAUUUGAGCUUUUAUGAACCGGAGAUUUUAUAUACCUAAGCUCCCUUUUUGUAAUUUUUAUUUCGAUUUUCUAAAUUUCAUUUUUUUCCUAUUAAAAAAAAAAAACAAAAAAAAAACAGAAGUGAUGAGGGGGGAGUUGGAAUGUAGGAACUACUGUAAUAAAUUGUGCUAUAUGGUUUGGGAUGAUAAGAAAAUGGACCUUGGUUCUUUUA